AUGGCUUACAUGUGUGCUGACAGUGGUAACCUAAUGGCUAUUGCUCAACAAGUCAUCAACCAAAAACAGCAACAAGAACAACAGGAACAACAACAUCAACAUCAUCAUCAUCAAAAUCUCAUAGGUAGUGUCACUAACCCCCUCUCUCUCCAUCCAUGGAACCACAACAACAACAACAACAACAACAAUUCUGUUUCAUCACUUCCACCUUUAACCUUCCCACCAACCGACUUCACCGACCCAUUUCAAGUCGGGUCGGCCCCCGACAAUCCCGAUCCCGCUUUCCACUUCCCUCCCCUCGACCCUCACUCCACCACCUUCCGUUUCUCCGAUUUUGAUUCCGACGACUGGAUGGACACUUUAAUGGCCGCCGCCGCCGACGUUGAUGUCGGCGACACCAACACCCACAACACCACAGACUUCCCUCUUAACCCGUUUUCAUCCUGCCCGACCCGACUCUCACCACCCUCGGAUCUCCUCUUACCCGCCACCGUUCCACUCCAAAUCCCAUCCCAACCUACCAGUACCACCACUUCUCACAACAAAAACGUCACCACUGAAACGACUUCCUCAUUACCGUCGUCCACAAACCCACUUCUAAAAUCACUAACCCACUGCGCAAGUCUCAUCGAAACCGAACCAAAUCAAGCCGUGGAAACCCUAAAUCAUCUCAAAAAAUCAAUUUCGCAAAACGGAAACCCAAUUCAGAGAGUUUCAUUCUAUUUCUCUCAAGCUUUAACAAACAAAAUCACCGCAGAAUCACAACUAUCUCCUUCCAUUUCUUCUUCAACUACAUGGGAAGAGUUGACACUUUCUUACAAAGCCCUUAACGAUGCAUGCCCUUAUUCAAAGUUCGCACAUUUAACUGCAAAUCAAGCAAUACUCGAAGCAACCGAAGGAUUCAACAAUAUUCACAUAGUUGAUUUUGGAAUUGUUCAAGGGAUUCAAUGGGCUGCACUUUUACAAGCAUUUGCAACUCGGUCUUCUGGUAAACCUAAUAGUGUAAGAAUUUCUGGAAUACCUGCUAUGGCUCUUGGAACUUCGCAUGUUUCUUCCAUUUCUGCUACUGGUAACCGUUUAUCUGAAUUUGCGAAACUUCUAGAGUUGAAUUUUGAGUUUACACCAAUUACUACGCCGAUACAGAUGCUUAAUGAGUCUAGCUUUUCUAUUCAACCAAAUGAGGCUUUGGCUGUGAAUUUCAUGCUUCAGUUGUAUAAUCUUUUGGACGAGACUACGAAUUCUGUUGAAACAGCGCUUCGUUUGGCGAAAUCUUUGAAUCCUAAAAUUGUUACUCUUGGUGAAUAUGAAGCUAGUUUGACGACCCGUGUUGGGUUCGUUAAGCGGGUUGAAACUGCUUUUAAUUAUUUUGCUGCUUUUUUUGAGUCUUUGGAGCCGAACAUGGCGUUGGAUUCUCCGGAGAGGUUUCAGGUGGAGAGUCUUUUGCUUGGUAGGAGAAUUGAUGGGGUGAUUGGUGUGAGGGAGAGGAUGGAGGAUAAAGAACAGUGGAAAGUUUUGAUGGAAAGUUGUGGUUUUGAACCUGUUAGUUUGAGUCAUUAUGCAAUUAGUCAAGCUAAGAUACUUUUAUGGAAUUAUAGUUAUAGUUCUUUGUAUUCUCUUGUUGAAUCUCAACCCGGGUUUUUGUCUUUGGCUUGGAAAGAUGUUCCUCUCUUGACUGUAUCUUCUUGGCGUUGA